UAGAGAUUUGCAAUAAAACGGUUUCUUUUAUCUGCUACUACCAUUGAUUGUCUGUAUCUGUUCUGUUGAGUGUCUCACAACGUCUUACAUCCGUCGCUGCUGCAAUGCAUCUCUUCACCCUGUGCCUCCUAGCAAUUUUUUUUCCACAGAUGCUGGUCGGAAUGGAAGAAGCUAAAACAUGGGACGAUUUCGAAAAAAUGAUGGGGCAGAAAGGACAAUUUGUACUGAUGUCGGCUUCAACUCCAGUUCCCAAUGACAAUACAAAAGAGAUUGCCGGUUAUUGCGCAAAGCACCCACAAUUCAAGUGUUACUAUAUGGUGGAAGCAGUAGUAGGUGAAGGUCAGCCUGCAAAUUCUUUCAACAAGCAUUUCAACAACCCAUAUGAUAUAAUAGUAUUUUACAAGGAUGGUGUGCAGAAAAGCGUGAUCUUUCCUGACAAUCUUCCCAAUUUACCUGCUGAGAUGGAAAAAGGAUUCGAAAAGGCGUCGUAAUGUUACAUUCAAAAAACUAAUCACCUACAACUCUUAUUCUCAAUCCAAUAUAUGUGUUUACUUUUUGCUUCUGAUAUUGAUUUAUUCGUAAUAAAGAAAUUGUAUUCCUAA